AUGGGUAAGUCUUCGAAGGACAAACGUGAUGCCUACUAUAGACUUGCAAAGGAGCAAGGAUGGCGAGCGCGCAGUGCGUUCAAGCUCCUGCAAUUAGAUGAAGAGUACGAUCUCUUCAAAGACGUCACUCGAGUAGUUGACCUUUGCGCUGCUCCUGGAAGCUGGAGCCAAGUUCUAUCCCGUGUCUUAAUCAAAGGCGAAAAUUUCGGUCGUCAAGCAUGGGAAGAUCAAGAUGCCAAGCUGUCACAAAUGAUGCGCGGUGUAUUUGCGCCAACAGAACCACAACGAAAUAUCGAACUGGAAGAUGAGGAGCCACCCGAAUUGAAGCCCAGAAAAGAUGUAAAGAUUGUUGCUAUCGAUCUCCAGCCUAUGAGCCCGCUUCAAGGCAUCAUAACAUUGAAGGCAGACAUUACUCACCCUGCAACAGUGCCGCUUCUGCUAAAAGCACUGGAUCCGACAUAUGAUCCUACCUCGAAAUCACAACACGCAUCUCAUCCUGUUGAUCUUGUUCUAUCCGACGGUGCUCCCGAUGUUACUGGUCUGCAUGACCUUGAUAUUUACGUGCAGUCUCAGCUCCUUUUCGCAGCUUUGAAUUUAGCUCUAUGUGUGCUGCGUCCCGGAGGAAAAUUUGUAGCCAAGAUUUUCAGAGGUAGAAAUGUCGACCUUCUGUACUCCCAAUUAAGCAUCUUCUUUGAAAAAGUAGUGGUAUCAAAGCCCAGGUCCAGUCGAGCAAGUAGCGUUGAAGCUUUCAUUGUGUGCUUGAAUUUUCAGCCACCAGAAGGCUACAGACCAAGUCUAGAAGAACCUCUUGGUGUCGGCGACAAGCUAGAGAACAUCCUAAGGUCAAAAGCGGAGCAGGAACCGGUCAUUGCUUCCUUACUGCUACAAGAUCCAGAAACAGGGACAUGGUCGAUCAAACCUUCGCUAGCUGUCUCGACAGACGAAGACAUAGAUGGGAUUGUUGAACUCAGGCUUCCGAAUGACGAUUCUGAAGCAAGAAGAAAUGGACGGUGGAUUGCUCCAUUCUUGGCUUGUGGUGAUUUGUCUGCCUACGAUGCUGAUGCUUCAUAUCACUUACCGAAAGACCGGAUUGCGCUUGACCCUAUACAACCGCCAACUGCCCCUCCAUACAAACGGGCCUUGGAACUGAGGAAAGCAGGUGGGGGAGCAUACGGAAAGACUAACAUCUCAUGA